AUGCCUGGCUGCUACUUGCAGGCCCUUCUUUCUAACUAUAAGGAUGUUCUAACUCUCCUGGAAGACUCUGAGCAUGUAGAGGACGUGGUCCUCACCAAGGCAGUAAUCAGCGUGAUUGUAAUUCUUGGGACAGGGCAGACUGAGCUGUUCCGACAAGUCAUCUCCCCAUCGCAGAUACAGCAUGCAAGGGUACACCUCGCCAAAACACGGGUUGGGUUGAGUUUCCAUCUUUUGAGCCCGCCCACGAUUUACCCAGGCUGGGUUUCGGGGGUCCCCAACCCGCCCAAAAAUCACGGUGGCUGUGAUGAGUAUCAUGGUGGCUGA